CAAAAAGUACAAAAUUCAAAAUUGAAGGCCCAAAACAGUUCGUGGACUGUGUACAAAAACCCGCCCUUGAGCACACCGUCCGCUGACCACCGGUUCACCAAGGCACCCCGGGCACCCAGAACACCAUAAGCCCUUGCUCGUCUGGCCUCUUCUGCCUCAAUGCUUCGAUUUGCAACAUUAUUCCAGGUUUGAACCCUUGAAUUUUCUUCACCCUUUUCUUGGUAAAAAGUGCAAAACACAACAUAUCUUUUUUUAAUUCUUUGGAAGAAAAAGAUGAUCAAAGCUGGAGAAGUAAAAAAGGAAGGUUGAUGCCCUGAAACCCAAGUUUGGAAUUGGAACAAGAAAGAGUUUUUUGAUCAGUGGAAGUAAUUUGGGAAUGCUAGAGAAAAAACCCAAUUUUUUUUUUUUUUGUUGAAUUAUAUCAGGGGAAAUGCUGAUAGAGACUUCAAUUUCUAGUUCAAUUGAAGCCGGCUUAUUUUAUGUAUAUGAACAUGGGAAACAAGAUUCUUUAUGUGAUUGGAUGCUUGGUAAUGAAACUUGGCUGAUGUCUCCUAAAUGUGAUGACCCAUCUCAGAGUGGAUGUAAUGAGGCUGAGCGAUCCUGCCUUCCUUUACCAAGAACUGGUUCUCAACGGUCGUCUGUGAGUGUUAUGUCUGAAAGUCCUGUGCCUACUUUUGUUUACAAUAGGAGGAAGAAACGGAGGGGCAGCAGCAGAAGUGCUAGCUCUGCUGUUGCCAACUUUUGUGCGGAGGCCCCUUUCAAUUCAAAGAGAAGUGGGGAUUGUCUUUCUGUUGUCAGUUCUGAUGCACUUUCAGCCGCGGUCGUGGAGCGAGAUAGGGUUUCUCAAGUUGAACAUGAAAAUGUAGCUAUUCAAGAUCCUGUGACGCAUCUUGGAUGCAGUAGAGAGCCACAUAUUUUAAAGUAUGCAUUUGCUAAUGGAUGUUCUGGUGUGGACGACCACAGUUCUGAUAAUGUACAUAAAACUGUUAUGCCAAAAAUCAUAGAUGUUGACAGUAUAAAUGAUAGUUGCUCAUCAUCGAAGUCAAAUAUGGAACUUGCAUUAGCUUCUAUGAAAGGUGAGAUGGAAGAAAAUGGUGAGUGCUCCUCCUCUAGUGUAAUAGCUGCUGAAGUUGUGAGGGAAGAUCUAUCUGAAAAAGAUUUGUGCCUCCCUAUACUUCAGAACCCGGGGAAUGUUGAAGAAGUUGGAUGUUCUUGGUCUCAUGUUAAUGAGGAAAUUGGGACUAGUGUUGCUAGUAGUUGUUCUAGGGUAUGCAAAAUUUGUGGUCGUUUGGAAACUGCACAAAAGUUGCUAAUUUGUGAUAAUUGUGAAGAAGCAUUUCAUAUACGUUGCUGCAAUCCCAGGAUAAAGAAACUACCAGUUGAUGAGUGGUAUUGUGUUUCGUGUAUGAAAAAGAAGCGAAUAAUGCUCAAGGAGACAACUGCAAGAAACUCUUCAAGUAUCACUGGUGGAAUUGGCAGAUGCCGAGAUGUAUCAUCUAAAGUGGAACCCAGUCCAAUAGAAUUAAUGUUGAGAGAGGCUGAGCCUUAUAGAACUAGCGUUCGAAUUGGCAAGGGUUUUCAAGCAGAAGUUCCUGACUGGUCUGGCCCAAUUGAUAAUGAUGUUGAUACCAUUGGUGAACCACUAGAAUUGGAUCCUUCAGAAUUUACUAAUUUCCAUGAAUUGAAUUGCAACAAGUCAUCUAAAUUAAGUUCAAUAGGGAACUGGCUUCAAUGUAGAGAGUUCAUAGAAGGUGUAGGAGGCAGUAAUGGAACCAUUUGUGGAAAGUGGCGCAGGGCUCCUCUUUUUGAAGUCCAAACUGAUGACUGGGAAUGCUUCUGCUCUGUACAAUGGGAUCCAUCCCAUGCUGAUUGUUCUGUACCUCAGGAGCUGGAAACAGAUCAAGUUUUGAAGCAGCUCAAGUUUAUUGAGAAGAGAUGGAAAAGUAAAAAGAAACUCCUGCAACAAGUUGGAUUGCAUUCUCCGCAUUAGGUUCAGAGAUAUCCAAAGGCUCUGUAUUUUAUUAUUUAUUUAUGGUGUUUUCUGAGAAACGAGGUUUCUAGUGACUGGACAGGUAAAACAAAACUCAGGAUGGGAUAAAAAGUGAUUUUAUUAUACCAAUUUUCUUCAAGAGCUGUUAUAUAAUUGAUUAUCUACGUGGUUUGGAUUUGCCUUUAGCCUCGAAUCAAAUCACUCUUGUUCUUGCAUAGAACAUUCUGUGGAUUCAUGAUAGUUCUCCGAACCCUGUGGUCUUGUAUUUGUUUUAGUUCUUUGGAGGUUUGUUAACA